AUGGCGUCCGGUUUCAUGGAGUCCCUUGUCGAGGCGGCCGUGGAGAGCAGGAAGUCUGAACUGCACGCCCUGAGCGACUACCUCUGGCAGAACCCCGAGCUGGCUCUGGAAGAAUUCAAGGCCCACGAGAGGCUCACGGAGUUCCUCGAAGCCCAGGGCUUCAGGAUGCAGCGACACUGGCUUUUGGACACCGCUUUCCGCGCAGAGUUCAACACCGCAGGUGCUCAAGGUCCAACGGUGGCCUUCUUGUGCGAGUACGACGCCCUCCCGGAGAUCGGACAUGCCUGCGGACACAACCUGAUCGCCGAGAGCUCGGUGGCAGCCGCCGUCGCCGUCAGGGAGGUCCUCCUCAAGAGUCCACACAUCCGUGGCAAGGUCCUUGUGAUAGGGACCCCCGGCGAGGAGAACUGUGGCGGCAAGGAGAUGCUCCUGCAAAAGGACGCCUUCAAGGACGUGGACGCGGCACUCGUGGCUCAUCCUGCGCGCCAAGACAUCCUUAAAACGUCUUUCACGGCCAUGCAGCUUGUAAGCGUUAUCCUGGUUUCUAAAGCCUUUGACUACGCUACCCCUCAGAGGCACAACACUUGA